UUUAGCUGACUUGACUGUGAUAUAGAUACAUCUCCGAGGUUUGCUGCUACAGUAAUUCAAUAUAUUUCAAUCAACUAAAGUGCCAGCGCAUCAAAAGCCACGUAUCUUAACAGAAAGACAAUAUGCCAAUCCCUAACACACUACCCCAAGGAUAUUCUGUCAAGGGAACAUCUGAUUUCAAAUCUCGCUCAGAAGAUAUAUUUGCAUCAUUAGGUGCACUUGAAGAAAAGGCUGCUGUGCAUAAUCGUUAUGACUCAGGCUCUGGAACUUCAUCAUCAAGUGCUUCACAGGACAGUCCUUCAAGUUCAGGUUCAUCAAGUCGUCUCAGAUUAUCCCAACCGCGAGUAGAUUCUGACUCUAAAUCAUCAUUUAAGCGACCAAGGAGCCCUCCAUCUAACGAAGGACGUAAAUAUGACUAUUACUUUAAAAGACCUGGGCAAGGUAGAGGGCAGCACAGGUCACAAAAUAAAUUACCCGAUCAUAAAGGCGAUUCUAAGAAAUGGAAAAAAUACUCAUUACAUGAUGUUAAAACUGAUCAAAUGAGUGAAGAGGCUAAUACUAAUGCCGCUUUAAGCUUCCUGGCUACAUUAAAAGACAGACAUACUGACGAAUCUGACAAUAAAAUGGAUUCAGGAAAUGACACGCCCAAGACUGAUUCCGAAAGUGCAUCAUGUUCAGGAAAAGUUGUAUUUAAAAAACCUGUUAAGGAUAAACAGGAAUCCAGUGCUAAUGAACCUACUGGUCAAUCUUCUUCAAGUGCUACUGUAUUGAAUGCUAACUUUGGAGCUAAACAUGUUAUGCCAGAAUAUAAAGUUGGAGCUAGUAAGGCUAAGAAGAAAAAGAAAAGCCAAAAGAGUUCUUUGAACUGUGACAAGGUUAACCUUGGUCAUUUAAUGGAUGAUGAAGAUGAAGAGAAUGAUUAAGCCAACUAUUUAAAAUAUGGCUCAUUAUACAUGCACACAUGUACUCAAUCUGUAACAUAUAAGUUAUGUACACGUUGAUGUCUGUUGUUUUAGGAAUAAAUGAGGUCAUAUUCUCUUUAAAAAUAUGUCAUUUU